AUGAUGAAAAAAUUCGAUAUUGCUUUAUUAAUACUUUCAUUUUUAAUGAUUGUUUUAAUUAUUAGUUCAUUAAGAUCAGAAUGGCAAAAAUUAUCAAUUAGUGUUAAAAUUGGUGUUAAUGAAGCAAAAACAGAAAAUAUUAAACGUCCAUUAUAUGAUAGUCAAGUUUUUGUAUCAAGUAAUGAAGAAUUAUUAUAUCAAUAUAGUGUAUCAUGGGAAAAGGAUCAUAAUUGUACAACUGUUACAGGAUUAGGAGCAUUUACAAUCAUAUUAUUAUUCAUUUCAAUUAUUAAUCUCAUAAAAACUCAUAUUAAAUUCAUAAAUUCAAAAUUGUAUACAUGGUUUGAAAGAAUUGGUUUAUCAACUAUUUUAACAACAUUAUUCACAUUUAUUGCAUUUUUAGUAUCAUUGAAAUUGGAGAUGAUUACAGUUAUAGAUGGUCAUCAUUUCGCAAAUAAAAUGAUGUCACAUCAAUCGGAAUCUGAAAUUUUAUUAGGUAAUGAAUCAAUGCUUGUAAAUUUAGAUUCAACUACAACAACUGGUUUCCAAAUUAUGGUUGCAACUUUUGUUUUCAGUACAAUCUAUUCAGUUUUAACCGUUUUAAGAUACAGAGAAAUCACUUCACCAUCUUCAUCAAUUGAUUAUAGAUUCUUAUAUUCUGGUGAAUCUUCUUUCUUGGAAGAUAAUGAAUAUAAUGAUGGCUCUGAUGGUACUUUCCCUACUUCAACUGACAUUUAA